GUGGUGGUUGAGGUAGUGAGAGAGAGAGAGAGAGGGAGUGUGUUAUGGUAGUGUGAGGAAGAGUGGAGGAAGAGAAGAAUGUCAGCGAUGGAGGUGGAUCCACAGGAGGAAGAAGUGGAGGUGCCUUCUUCAAGCACCUCCAAACAAGACAAGAAGAGGUUUGAGGUCAAGAAGUGGAAUGCAGUAGCACUCUGGGCAUGGGAUAUUGUUGUUGAUAACUGUGCCAUCUGCCGCAAUCACAUUAUGGAUUUGUGCAUAGAAUGUCAAGCCAACCAGGCCUCGGUUACAUCAGAAGAAUGCACUGUAGCUUGGGGCGUGUGUAAUCAUGCUUUCCACUUCCAUUGUAUAUCUCGAUGGUUGAAAACCCGUCAAGUAUGCCCAUUAGACAACAGGGAAUGGGAGUUCCAGAAGUAUGGUCAUUAGAAGAAGUAAAUUUUUCCUUAACUCCAACCAUUCUUUAUUUACACUUCUCAAUAGUUUAAAUUAUUAUUUUCAUUAAUUGCAAUGUUCGCUUGUCUUGCAAUAUGAUCAUUAUGUUAAGUGUGCUUGUUUCAUCAAGCAUGGAAUAAAAUUACUAUUGUAUUUUUA